AUGCCCUGUUCCACGGAAAUUGCGCAGCAAUUCGACUCGAUCGAAGACUCGAUCGCCGCAUUCAAAAAUGGCGAAUUCAUCAUUGUGCUCGACUCACAAGACCGCGAGAAUGAAGGUGACCUCAUAAUUGCAGCGGAGUCGAUCACCGCCGCUCAGAUGGCGUUCCUGGUGCGCUACACAAGCGGCUUAAUAUGCGCACCCAUCACCCCGGACCUCGCAACCCGCCUCGCCCUCCCGCAAAUGGUCGUCGAGAACGCCGACCCGAAAGGAACUGCGUACACGAUCACAAUCGACUCCAGCCAUCCCUCCGUGACAACUGGAAUCUCCGCCGAAGACCGCGCCCUGACCUGCCGCACGCUGGCAUCGCCAGACGCGCAGGUCGACUCCUUCCGACGACCCGGACAUAUCAUCCCGCUGCAGGCGCGUCCUGGAGGCGUGCGCGAGCGCUCAGGACACACCGAGGCGGCUAUUGAUUUCUGUAAGCUCGCUGGGAAGGCUCCGGCGGGUGUUAUUGCCGAGCUGGUUGAGUCGGGUGAAGUUGUCGAGGGUGUUGCGGAGAUUCGGGGCGAGAAUGGGAUGAUGCGGAGGGAUGGAUGCUUGAAGUUUGGUAAGAAGUGGGGAAUUAAGGUGUGUACGAUUGAGGAUUUAAUUAAGUAUUUGGAGAAGACUGAGGGUGUUGUGAAUGGGCGGCAUUGA